AUGGAUAAAAUACCUCGAACUCACGAAGCUAUAGAAGCUCAAAUACGAGAGAUUCAACAGAAAAAAAAUGAAUUACCUGAAAAUGGAACUGGAAAAGGAGUUUCACUGGGUGGUAAAACUCCUGAUGUUGGAUCUAGGACAUAUACAGAGAUCAUGAAAGAGCAAUAUUUGCGUGCAGAAGAGACCGAAUUAAGGAAAAAACUUUUGGAGAAAGCUAGGGAUGGAACUUUGAAACCCGUAUCUCAACCUAAUGGUGAAGCAGCAAAACCAGCUGCUGCUAAACGCAAAGGGCGGUGGGAUCAGAGUUCUGAAGAUACACCAACCGUGAAGAAAGCAAUCACAGCAACGCCCAGCUCCCAGGCUACUCCAUCAUGGGACACUGAGAGAGGAGCUUGGGAGGAGACUCCAGGUGCAAGUGGGCGAGGUGGAGACACUCCCGGAGCUACGCCUUCAGCCCGCGUAUGGGACGCCACUCCUGGUCACGCCACACCAGGUCAUGCUACUCCUGGUCGCGACACUCCUGCGCAGCACGCUUCGAGGCGUAAUCGAUGGGAUGAAACUCCUAAAACUGAUAGAGAGACUCCUGGUCAUAACAGUGGAUGGGCUGAAACCCCGCGCACUGACCGAGGCGUAGGCGUUGACACUAUCCAGGAGACUCCAACACCAGGCACGAAACGUCGCUCGCGCUGGGACGAGACGCCGGGUGCUACGCCUGUGCCUGCUACGCCCACCCCGUCGCAUGCCACACCAUCUCAUGCUACGCCGUCGCACGCGACACCGUCACAUGCUACGCCUACGCCGCAUACGCCCAUAUUUACACCUGGAGGAACGGAGGAAGUGGGGGGCUCGGCGGCGGCGGCGGCGCGCCUGCUGGAGCCCCAGCCCAAGGGCGGUCAGCAACUGCCCUUCAUGAAGCCCGAGGACGCUCAGUACUUUGACAAACUGCUCAUUGACGUCGAUGAGGACUCCCUAUCGCCGGAUGAGCUCAAAGAGAGAAAGAUUAUGAAGCUUCUUUUGAAAAUCAAGAAUGGCACGCCACCUAUGUGUAAGGCGGCUCUGCGUCAAAUAACGGAUAAAGCGCGAGACUUCGGCGCGGGACCGCUUUUCAACCAGAUCCUCCCUUUGCUGAUGAGCCCCACACUUGAGGACCAAGAGCGACACCUGCUUGUCAAGGUCAUUGACAGGAUCCUUUACAAGCUCGACGACUUGGUCCGGCCCUAUGUACACAAAAUUCUGGUUGUUAUAGAGCCUCUACUGAUUGACGAAGAUUACUAUGCUCGUGUCGAGGGCCGUGAAAUCAUUUCCAACCUAGCAAAGGCCGCUGGCUUAGCUACUAUGAUCUCCACAAUGAGACCAGAUAUUGAUAAUAUUGAUGAAUAUGUUCGAAACACCACUGCAAGAGCAUUUGCCGUUGUCGCUUCAGCUUUAGGUAUUCCUUCCCUCCUCCCUUUCUUAAAGGCUGUAUGUAGAUCCAAGAAGUCUUGGCAAGCACGACACACUGGAAUAAAAAUUGUACAACAAAUUGCUAUAUUGAUGGGCUGUGCUAUUCUACCACAUCUCAAAUCCUUGGUAGAGAUCAUUGAACAUGGUCUGGUGGACGAGCAACAAAAAGUACGCACAAUCACCGCCUUAGCGAGCGCAGCGCUAGCCGAGGCCGCUACGCCCUACGGUAUCGAAUCCUUCGACUCCGUACUCAAACCCCUUUGGAAAGGUAUCAGAACUCACCGAGGCAAAGGUCUGGCUGCUUUCUUAAAGGCUAUUGGUUACCUCAUUCCUUUGAUGGACGCCGAGUACGCCAACUAUUACACCCGAGAAGUAAUGCUUAUUUUAAUUCGUGAGUUCCAGUCGCCUGAUGAAGAAAUGAAAAAGAUUGUUUUGAAGGUAGUAAAACAGUGUUGCGGUACAGAUGGUGUGGAACCUCAAUAUAUAAUGGACGAAAUUCUUCCACACUUCUUUAAACACUUCUGGAAUCACCGCAUGGCUUUGGAUAGACGUAACUAUCGUCAACUCGUCGACACAACUGUGGAAAUUGCAAAUAAGGUUGGAGCUUCAGAAAUAAUUAACAGAAUUGUUGACGAUUUGAAAGACGACAAUGAGCAAUACAGAAAAAUGGUCAUGGAAUCGAUUGAAAAGAUUCUCGCAAACUUGGGCGCCGCGGAUAUUGAUUCGAAAUUGGAAGAGGCUCUUAUAGACGGCAUCCUGUAUGCAUUCCAAGAACAAACUACAGAGGAUGUGGUUAUGCUGAAUGGAUUUGGAACAAUAGUGAACCAGCUGGGUAAGCGGGUGAAGCCGUAUCUACCCCAGAUCUGUGGUAUUAUUUUGUGGCGUAUGAACAAUAAAUCCGCUAAGGUCCGUCAGCAGGCUGCUGAUCUCAUUUCACGUAUUGCAGUGGUCAUGAAAACUUGUCAAGAGGAAAAGUUAAUGGGUCAUCUUGGAGUUGUACUUUAUGAGUAUUUGGGCGAAGAGUAUCCUGAAGUACUAGGUUCAAUUCUAGGAGCAUUAAAAGCGAUUGUCAAUGUGAUUGGUAUGACAAAGAUGACACCACCUAUAAAAGAUUUACUACCGAGACUCACACCAAUUUUAAAGAACAGACAUGAAAAAGUACAAGAGAACUGUAUCGACCUAGUGGGGCGUAUCGCAGACAGAGGUCCAGAAUUUGUCUCAGCCCGAGAGUGGAUGAGAAUUUGCUUCGAGUUGCUUGAACUUUUGAAAGCGCACAAAAAAGCAAUCCGAAGAGCUACAGUGAACACUUUUGGUUAUAUCGCGAAGGCGAUUGGUCCACACGAUGUUUUGGCGACCCUGCUCAAUAACUUGAAAGUCCAAGAGAGACAAAACAGAGUAUGUACAACGGUUGCCAUUGCAAUUGUUGCGGAGACCUGUUCGCCGUUUACGGUUCUGCCUGCAUUGAUGAAUGAAUACAGAGUUCCAGAGUUGAAUGUACAGAAUGGUGUUCUCAAAUCAUUGUCCUUUUUGUUUGAAUAUAUUGGUGAAAUGGGAAAAGACUACAUAUAUGCAGUGUGCCCUCUUCUAGAAGAUGCUUUAAUGGACAGAGAUCUUGUACAUCGUCAAACUGCUUGUGCAGCUAUAAAGCAUAUGGCAUUGGGUGUUUAUGGUUUUGGAUGUGAAGAUGCACUGAUCCAUUUGUUGAAUCAUGUUUGGCCAAACAUUUUUGAGACGUCGCCACAUCUCGUACAAGCUUUUAUGGAUGCUGUUGAAGGCAUGAGAGUUGCACUUGGGCCGGUCAAGAUAUUGCAAUAUGCCUUACAGGGCUUGUUCCACCCAGCAAGAAAAGUUCGAGAUGUUUAUUGGAAGAUAUACAACACACUGUAUAUUGGAGGACAAGAUUCUUUGGUUGCUGGAUACCCGAGAAUACAAAAUGACCCAAACAACCAUUUCAUCAGAUACGAAUUGGAUUAUAUACUG